UUUUCUGAUAUGGGAUCCCGUAGUGCGGUAGCUCAGCAGCAGGCAAAACGUAUGGUCUUGUUCACUGAUCUUCAUUUCAACAGCGUUUUAUCUUAUUGCAUUUCUCAGUCAACUUGAUGGGACCGUGCGCGUAUCCAUACACUUCUCUGAACAUUGCUUUAUUGCUGGCUGGCCUAGAUCAUCUGGAAUAUGUAUACAGAUGCUGUCGAUCUCCUUCCAUCCAUACUCCACAUACAGUCCUACAACAUUCGUUAGGCUUAACAGCUGUACUGGUCGGCGAAUGCGGCUUUCUGCUCUCCAACGCCUCUCUCUUGGCUGCGUUUGCACGUGACGGUGGUUUGCCAUACAGGGAAGCACUGAGUAGAGUGAACAGCAGGACCAAAACGCCGGUCCACGCACUCGUCACACUGCGUGUAGGCACUUUUCCGGUUUUGCUCCUCGCACUCUCACCCAUUGCCAGCAGCAUCGUACCUAGGUAUGCUUUCUCUCUGUCAUCUCGAAUUUGAUCACAAUCUCGC